AUGGUGGGUGCCUUUCAUGGCCACGCCCACAACCGAAAAUGUCAGUUGCACUGGCAUCCAUUGUAUAUUCCUGGAACAGGACAUAGUGAAGGUGAAGGAUGCAAGCAUAUCUUCUCGGCUUCAAAUGAACUUGCUCAGAGCACCAGACAUGUGAGUCCAUUCCAUCGGCACCAAUCUAUUGAAGAACACUUUGCAUUUUGGGAUAAGGACAAAUAUGCUGCCCUAAGUAAUUUUUUAUGGAAUCAUUAUUGGGAAGCAUUGAAGGUCAUCGCGACCCUCAUGGCUGAGCUAACAAUCAUCAAAGCUGAGCUACAACUCACUGACGACGACUUCCCUCAAUUCCUUCGUGAAGAGAGCGCUUAUCUUGAGUGUUUGAAGGAGCUCCCUGUAAGAGACAAUCUCUGUAUCUGUUAUGUCGAGGUCCUGGGUGAGCUUGCCGAACGAAGGGCUGAUUGGGACUUGGCUCGUGAAGCGACUAACAACGCCCUCACUGAAAUCUCCGCUAGCAGUUUGACACAGAUCAAUCAAGCACUAACGGCCACCCGUAUUGGGGUAGAUUCAUCCUAUGCAAGGUUGCAGCAUGUGGAGGCGCUUGUGGCCCAUAUAGAAAUUCAGCUCAGCAUUGAAGUGCGAUGGGAGAUCAGUGAUGAGAACUACAACCGCUUCAAAGAAGAAGCUUCACUCAGUAAAUAUCGUGCGGCACUUGAUGAGCUAGAAUGGCUUGUCGUCAUGAGGUUGUUUGAACUCUCGAAGUUGUCAUUGUCCAGCACCGGUAAAUUUGGUUUGAUAAGUUCACUCCAGUGCUAA